GAAAGGUCUGUGUGCAUGUGCUCCAGAUCCUCUACUCUUUGGGCCAAAAUACCUGGUGUCUCUAAAGCAGCUGAUCCAUCAUUAAGCCUAAGCAAUAGUGUUGGUACUUGGCAGACUUUUGAAGUUACUGGUUGAUGGAACUCCAGCUUCUACAAGGAAGAAGUCAAUAACCUUGAUGCUCUGAGAACCUGCUGAUCCAAAUCAACUACCACAUGGAUUAAGUGAGUGCUGCUGCUGGAGUCAUUAACACUUGGAAAUACCAAAAUUUAUUGCUGGUGCAGGAAUAUCCCUGUGCAGUUUUUAUACUCAUGCAGUCCUAUAGAUCUUCCACUUCAUUUCCUAGAUCUCCUUCACUUAUGAAUCAUUUACCAUCACUGCCUCCAAGACUGGAUACUGUUGACAUGCAGUCUCCCAGAAUACCAGGCAGAAAAAGAGGAAGGCCCCCCCUGCAUUCUGCUCCUAUGAAAAUGGCAGUUCAUAAUCUUUAUUCUGCACCAGCUGGCUCUUUGCCAGUUGUGAAGAUCCCAAAGAAACGAGGGAGGAAACCUGGAUAUAAGCUGAAAUCUCGUGUUCUCAUGACUCCUUUAGCAAUCUCCCCGCCACGAAGCACCCCAGAACCAGAUAUUAGUUCAAUCCCACAGGAUGCAGCCACAAUCCCUAAUUCAGCAGCCCCACAAGCCCUCACAGUUUGCAUUUAUGUCAACAAGCAAGGAAACGUGGGGCCGUACCUUGAACGAAAGAAAGUGCAGCAACUUCCAGACCAUUUUGGACCUGAACGGCCUUCAAUGGUGCUACAGCAAGCAGUUCAGGCCUGCAUCGACAGUGCGCACCAGCAAAAAACAGUCUUCUCACUUGUCAAGCAAGGCUAUGGAGGUGAAAUGGUGUCAGUUUCUGCUAACUUUGAUGGGAAACAACACCUCUUGAGCCUGCCAGUAGUGAACAGCAUCGGUUAUGUUUUGCGGUUCCUCAAAAAGCUUUGCCGUAGCUUAUUAUGUGACAAUCUUUUCAGCAAUCAGCCUUUUCCACAAUAUAACACUUCUGAAAACCCCGAAGAAUAUGAAAAUGGACGGAUGGAAUCUGAAACAGUCAUACCUGAAGACUACCUGGUUGAUCCAGUGGCCACCAAACACUAUAGUGUAGAUCCCUCUGAUUCUGCCUUUAAUUGUAUGGGAUCUGUGUACUCUGGGAGGCAGAGUUCCGGAGAUGGACGCCAUGGUGGAGGAUCCUCUUCGUCUUGUAGUCAUCGUCCUGGUCAGAUGGCUUCUGGAGGACCCUCAAGUGCUAGUUUGAGGCACCAGACGUCAAGCCCAACCCGAAAUGGAACUUACCUGGAAGGAAACAGAAGUGCCUCAAGUCCUUCACCAGAAAGGCAAGAUGCAGUUCGGCCCACAAGCAAGAAUCCAUUGACCUGGACUGUUGAUGACGUCAUUUGGUUCGUGAAGGAUGCUGACCCUCAUGCUUUGGGACCUCAUGUGGAACUCUUCAGAAAACAUGAGAUUGACGGUAAUGCUUUGUUGCUCCUGAAAAGUGACAUGAUCAUGAAAUAUUUGGGCCUGAAGUUGGGACCAGCCUUGAAACUCUGUUACCACAUCGAUAAACUGAAGCAAGCCAAGUUCUGACUUUCUCUAAAAACACCAAACAA